AUGACUUCCGAUACCCUCACUUCUCCCUCCAGUCCCUCUGUGUCGACUUCGACAGGGAGACGCAUUCGAGUGAGGCCUAUCAAGCGGUCUUCACUGUCACAAGGAGCAGGCCUUCCGUCCCAUCCAACUGAGGACAACGACAACGAUUGGGUAUCUCCGUUCACGUUACCUCCUUUACCUAUCUCGAGGAAACAGCGCAGUCGACUAGAUCGAUCACCAGAAGACCAAUUACACAACCGAUCUGGUAGUAGUGCCUAUUACGCAGCUGUCUGGGGUUCACCGUACGCUACACCAAGCCCGAACCAGUCACCUGCCCUCCGCGUGAACAGGAACAGGAGUUUCGACCUUGAAGUAUCUCCAUUAGCUUCGAGGAAAUCAGACCCCAAUCUACCUUCUUCGAAACACUUCCGACAACAAUCACUACCGACGCAAGAUUCGACCAAGCCUACGGAUCUGCCCACGUCCCCAACUCCGAUCGAGACCCAAGGAAACUCUCAGAGACGGAAUUGGCUUAGUGAAUCCGAAGACAGUGGUAGUGAGUUCGGUCCCACGACCCAGACUCCUACACAGAGACAGCAUAGGAAGAGGCGGUCUGUACCGUUGAGUGCCCGAAGCCAUCACAUUCAAGAGAGCGUUGACACUAUUACACCAGAGACCUUCAAUGGUACUUCUAGCAUAGAACUCAACCUGGAAGCACAGAACAACCUACUUACAAUGGCUACUUCUCAAACAAAUUCGCCCGUCUCAGCGGAGGAGAAGCCUCUUCCAAGUCUCCCCGAUGCCGUCGCAGCAAAGAGUGAUGAAGACCAAGUCCAACCCCGACCGAACCUUCCUCCGCCUGUGCAAUCAUUUCAGCGACUCAAGAAGAAGGUGCCUUGGAAGGGAAAGUCCUGUCUGAUCGCGAUGCCGCCUACUGAUCGAGACGAGGCUGGUCUGCCUCCAAUAUUGACAGCGCAGGAGAAACAAGAGCGAUUACAAAAGUGGAUUGAUGCAGGUUAUCCUGUACAUGGCUUUACUCUAGACAGUUGGUCGUUAUCUGUUUCAGAAACUGGGAGUGCUAGCAGGUCUACCUUUCCGGAUCCUAUUGACAUGGAACAUGAGCGCAGGAACAAUCCAGCUAGUGUCCAAAUACCCGAUCAAGAUGAGUGGCUGGCCUGGGUUGAUUACCUGAAGGAAGAGAAACUGCGUGCUCUUGGUGUUACUCCGAGCACCACUGAAGCACCACCAUCGACUAUGUCGCCAUUCUCCUCCACAAUGAGCCGUGUCUCCUCGACCUAUCCUGGCAUUGUCCCAUCUCCCCCAGUUCCAACCAUGUCAGCCACGAGAAUGAACUUUCCGGGUCUACCCCAGAGAAGUACUCCCGGUUUCGACGGCGGCCGGCCUAUGCACGGUUACAAUCAAUCCAUGGCUGUUCCUGGAAUGGGUAAUCGAAGUGCAUCACCUUUUGCUCUUCCCACAACACAACAAGGCAUGUAUGGAGCUAACCUCCGCUCCCUUGAUGGACAAUUCGCCCCGAGACAACCAUGGACCCCUGGCCACGUACAGAACAUGCAGAGCAUGGCAAAUCUUCGUUCGCCGGUCCACCCGUCCCUGCAGGAUUUUCGACGUGGAUUCUCACCAAGCUUUCAAAUACAUCCCGCGCAAAGACAGCAGCAAGAUGCCCAGGCACGAAUGGCAAGCCAUCAGAGGCAGAUGUCAAUGUUUCCCUACCGCGCUAUGUCUACCGAGCAGGUUUCUCAGUUACCUCUUACACCCAAACCCGCAUCACCUGAGCGUGAGCCACCUGAGAUCAUGCAGCCUACUCCUCGCAGCCAUCGCCACAACCUGAGUGCCGCUCUUGAGAAGGGAGUGACCGAAUCCGUUACUGUAGCCGCUGCAGACUUGUCAAAGGUUAUGAAUGCUAAACCUGAGAAUAUUGAUGAGGAAGAGCGAGUUGACGAAGAACAAGAGGAAGGCGAGGUUGAAGGAGAGGCAGCACAGGAAGAGCUUCCAAUAUUGCAUAGGCCAGAGACUUUGAAAGACUCCGAGGAGAAGGACGAAAUUGAAACAAAUCCAAGCAUUGCAGGCACUCCUAUGCUGCUGGACGAUCAGAAUCCAUUCGCCAACCUUCACCAGUUCCCCCUGCCUCGGCAGUCUCCCGCGACAACGACGACGACUUCAGCAUAUAGACAUUCUGCCCAACCAUCCUUAAGCAAGCUUAAUGUGCAGGCAAAGGAGUUUAGUCCAGUCAAGCCAACCUUCCCAACCCCAGCCAACCCCUUCGACUUUGAUGGUAAUGCAUUUGAUUCACGAAGUUCCAGUCCCAGGAAAUCUGGCCUCCCUGGUCCGAAAUCGGGUCACAAACACAAUCCCUCUUCUCUGGGAUUAAACGUCGACGCUCCAGCCUUCGAACCUUCCUUCGCACCUGUCGCGACCAAGCUAAACGGCCAUGAGCAAAAUUUACCUCUUGCAUCCACACGAUCUGUUGACGCAGCCUCUCACGAGCCUCCUGCGAUAGUAUCCGCACCAUCUGCUGGCCAAAGAAUUGACUCGGUACCAUCAACCUUCAGUUUCACUGCUGGUAACAAGUCCGAACAUAACACGCCUGCAAAGUCGACUUUCGAUCCUAGGUCGUCCCAAACGUCAACAUUUAGCUUUGGCUCAACCGCUUUCAACGUCGAGGCCCCAGAGUUCAAGCCAUCUGGAGACUAUACACCUGAGAAACUCAGCCAACAUAGUAGUGUACUUUUUGGCGAUGUCAUGGUCGACCCGUCCUCGAAGUCGGAGAGAAGAAACAAGGCUUUGGUCACAGAGAAGCCAAGAUCCAGGGAAGGCAGUGCGGCGGUGGAAGUAGAAGAACGUUUUGGAGAAGACGGCAGAGCUGAGGCACCCACUGAGCGUGCAAAGAGGGCAAGAACGUUUGGCAAGAGUGACGAAGAGGUGACAUUUGCUGAUUCAGCACCUUUUGCGUCUUUAGCGAACGAAGGGGAUCUCGAGCAACCAAAGGUGCUUGCGGAUGAUGUGGUGCAACCCGACGAAACAGCUGAAGCUGAUUCUGAAACUGACAGUGUACUUCAAGAUGUAUCCGAGCCUGUCGAAGCUGCUAGCGACAGCGAGGCUGUGGCAAAGGCCUCGAAACUGACAGCCAGUUCUGAUACUGAGGUUCAGCCCGAGAAGUCAUCUGGAAACCCCGCUCAGGAUGUGUCAGAGGAUGAUCAGAAAGCAGGCGCUGCCAUCAGGGAAACGUCCGCAGGCGAUCCUGAGCAUCAGACUACAGAAGACGAUAGUGCUCCAGUUAAGGGACCUGGUCAUGAUGAAAGCCAGACGACCGGAGAGCCAAGUACUGCGAUGGGGAAUGUCACUGUGGCGAAAGAGAGUCAAGAAUCGGUGUUACGCGUGAUCGAUGCAUCUUUGCCUAUCCAUGGCAAUGAGGCAGAGGAGGAGGCAUCUGCGGCUGUUUACGAAUCAUCACCACUCGGCAAAGCGAUGUCUCCCACGAUCACAGAACAAUGUGAACAGAAUUCCGAACCAGCUAUAGACGUCGUCAGUGAUCACGAAAUUGACCAUGGGAGAACGUCCGCUGCAAAGGCUGUAGACUCUGAACUAAAAAGUGCGUCCGAUGCUCCUGUCUUACAAACAGCACAGCCGGGUCUUAGAGAGUCGAAGUUCAAUCUCUCUGCAACUGCCCUGCCAUUCGAGGUCAAUCCUGCUGCACAAGAAUUUGUCCCCAAACUGCAAGCAGUCGUGGUGCCAACGGCAUCAACAGCAACAAUACCUAAGAAGGCAGGAUUGAUGGCGUCAAGAUUCGCAUCUUCUCCUCCACGUUCUGCACCUAAAGGAGAGGAAGGUAGAGGCGAGGAAGAGGUGAGAAUGGUGAACAGAAACUCUUCACCACCACAAGAAAUUUUUGGACAAUCAGGAAUUGAAGUUUCUGGUGAUGACCAGGCUGUUGUAACAGGAGUAGCUGAGCAUACAUCUACCAUGUCUGAAACCAAUGACGGCCAUAUAGACACCAGGAACGGUUCACAAGAUGUUAUUGACACAUUAGAGGAGUACAAAGAAGAGAACUCGAGAUCGAAUUCCAUGGUCUCACGCGAAGGUGACAUGUCUCUUGACGAGAUCAACGCCGUGAUGAAACAAUUCGAAGACAAUCCAGAUCUUGGCGUGAUACGCGAGGAUUCGCCUGUUGAGCCAACUCCACUCAUUGACAUGAGACAUCCCCAGCAACUUCGGAGUGAUGCACCGAGCCCAAGUCCGAACAGAAAACUCGAUGGACCAUUCAACCUUAGCCCAGUAAGGCCUCCUCGAGGUCUUGGCUUCGAGAUUUCAGGUGUGCACCAACUCAAUUAUGGAGGUGAUGGCGACGUGAGUGAUUGGAAUGCUGCCCUUUCACCGGGCCAGCAAGAAAAGCUUGAAGCGCGUGCUCACUUCUUUGACGACCACGUUUACGAUCUGGUAGACAACACUCUUGAGAGUCGACUCGCACCUCUGGAGAGGGCUUUGCAGAGCAUUCAGACGUCUGUUCAACAGGUCAGCAACAGGACGAGACAUAGUCGACGUAGUGCUUCUACCAACAAUAAGGACUCCGACGCUGAUGACGAGGAUGACUACGAUGCCUACGAGGGUUAUUCCCAUUACAGGUCACAAUCUCCUCGAAAGCAUGAUCGUCGUCAAGAAAGGCUCAAAGCUGCUGUACUGGAAGCAAUGACCGCUGCACACAGCUUGACAGCAGCACCGCUUCCCAGCGCCGUGUCCAUUGAGGGAAUGUUAAGUGAGGUGAAAGAGCUCGUACAGAGAACGACAAUCCAACCACAACCGCCAAGUCUCGACCUUGGUAGCAUUCAAGAAAUAUUGCUUGAGUUGAGAACACUCGCACAGCAGCAGCCACAGGUACAUGAGCUCGGUCUGGACGAGCUUGCUCAUGCAGUCACUGAGAUAAAGGUUUUGACACAACAACGUGCUACUGAACCACAGCUCGACUUGCAAUCAAUGCAGGCAACUUUGACGGAAAUCAAGCAGAUGGCCUCACAACAGUAUGUUCUUCCUGCAGUUGAUAUUUCCGCAAUUCAACAAAGUCUAGCUGAACUCAAAGUGCUCUCCGAAAACAAGCAUAAAGAGCAGCCGAACGAGCUUAGAAUUCUCCUCGAAGAUGUCAUUGCAUCACAUCCUCGACUCAGAGGAUCACGCGCAGAGCAGGACCACGACUCAUCCCAAAAGCUGCAAACAAAGGUCAACGACCUUGAAGCAAUGCUCAGAGUUGCGGAGAAGCAAGCUAACGGUGAAGUUUGCUUAAGACGGGAGGCUGAGGAAGCGAACGAGGCGUUGCAACGUCAAUUAAACGAAGCUCGGGAUCAAGCUGCUCUGCAAAAGGAAGCAUUAGAUCAAAUGCAGAAGAGUCUGGAAAUCGCGGUGCAAGAAAAGCAGGAAUACCGUGGUAUGGAUGCUGAAUUGAGGAAUAUCCGCCUCAACAACGAGGCUCUCAAGGAGACUCUGGACGAAUAUCGAAUCUCUACUGAGCAGCUCAGGGAGACGCUGAAUACUGAGCGAGGUCGUAAUGAUGACCUCGCCUGUGCACUGCAGAAUGCUCGUCAACAACAUAAGAACCAGAUGGAAUCGCGAGACGUGCUUCGAGAUCAAGCUACUCGUCUUCAGGAGCGUAUGAAUGCUGUCAUGCAGGACAUUCAUCAUGACGAAGCUGAAUGGCGGAAACGAGAGCACGACCUUCUGACUAAGAACCAGCUGUUGCAGGCCUCCCUUGAUCACGAGACAAACAGACGUGCGAGAAUGGAGCUUGAGGCUGAGAGAAUGAACAAGGAGCAUAGAGAGAGCCUUCAGUACCGGUCGCGACACGAGACUGCCCAGGAAGAAGUCACAAGGCUUGCUGCUAUCAUUAUCGGCCUGCAAACUGAGAACAAGAAGCAUCAGGAUGCCGCUCAUCACUCGCUACGGGAGCUUGAGUUCCGUAAAGAGAAGGAUGAUGAAGUCGUUGCCUCUCGAACUGCUACUCUGCAAGCUGAACUAGAUGCCGCAAGAAACGCUCUGCAAAAUUUGCAGUCAGAUCAGGAUGCUAGGAUUGCACGGCUCCAAGGACAACUUGACAAUGCCGCAAUUGAGCUACUGCAGGACAAAGCUAGGCACGAAUCUAAUCUCGGCCAGAUGUUCGAGAACCACAAUCGCACAGUAGCAAAGGCUAACAAGGACCACGCUGACGAGCUAGACCAUAAGCUAGCUUUGCAUGAAGAGAAGCUCGUUCAAUUGAGGAAUCAGCACAGCAGAGAUAUGAACAAUGCAGCUGAAGAUCGCAAGAUACUUGAAGAUAGAUAUAUCGGAAAGCUUGAGCUCAGCAACGACAAGAUAGAACACCUGGAAGCGAAAGUUCGGAACUUGGAGGAACGUCUCGAGAUAGCAAAUCAGGCUGCUCGUGCUGCGGUAGCUGCAGCCACAAAGGGAGUUAACCUGCCAACUCCAGCACCGGGUGUUAUCGCAAGUCCUCCACACGGCGCUAGUCUUUCAUUAGCUAAGGGAAUGGAUCUACCUGAGAAAAUUUCCCCACAAGCAUUGCGCGAGACGAUACUGGUAUUGCAAGAUCAAUUGCAAAAUCGAGAACAGAAAAUCGACAAGCUCGAAGCUCAACUUCUGGCCAUCGACAAAGAUGCACCCGCUAAAGUGAAAGAACGCGAUACUGAAAUUGUCAUGCUACGAGAGCUGCUUGAUGUGCGUAUUGACGAUUUGCAAGAGCUUGUCGCCACUCUAGAGAAGCCAGAUUACAGCCAAGCUGCCGUCAAAGACGCCGCAAUCAGACUGAAGACACAAAUUAAAAUGGAGCAGCAAUUGAAGGAAAGAGCUAUUACAGGAGCGAACAUGGCUGCCAACCUUCCCGCCUCACUGACUUCGGGUCUGGUAAAUUUGACUCAAAGUCCCCGUGCUAUGGUAGCAGCUGCAGCAUGGGGCAAUUGGCGCAAAGUUCGAGAUUCUGGUGUUGGCUCUGCAGUCAGCGACUUUGCAAGCAAUAUCGGAUCACAGACGCCAUCUCGAUCAAGCUCUACUCCCGCGACUCUUUUGACCAGUAUGAUGACUCCACCAACUACGAACAAAUCGCCGGGCACAAACUCCCGUCCUUCUGCUGCCAGACCUCUGGCUGCAGCAGCUUCUGCUAGGAAUGUGACUGGACCUGGUCCUCCAUCAGCUGGUGCGCGACCUCUACGAGCUUUCAGCUCCCAGCCUAGAACUCUUUCAAGUGCGCGACCAUUAGGCCGACGAGACACGAACGAGUCUACCUCGGGAAGUUUAGGGUCAGUAGCUCGUGAACCAUCGAGCACAAAGGUUGAGCCGCCUUCCACGCCCUUGCAGUUAGCGACAGGAAGUGACUUUGGAGAUGACGUGGACGAAGACGCUAGUCCUCUCGAUGGCAAAGAGAGAGCCUUCGACGCUGAUGUGAUCGAUGAGCUUCCGAAGCAUGAAGGAAGAUCGUCGACAGUCAGUAGUCCUAAAAAGUUGAGACUGUCGAGCGGCAAGCUAGACAGUCCUGGAACCUGGAAGGCUACAGCUGCCUCGGACCGCGGUGAAUACGUCGAAGUCGUUGAAGAGGAAUAG